UGAGAAUAGAUUAAGAAUAAAACAUUUGAGCUCAGGUGGUUUGACUAACGAAUAUUGAUGUCUCUGAUCGGAUGAACAGUACAUCAGUGUGAACGACACAGAUCCAAAAUUUUCUUCUCUCUUUCCGUCGUUUGCGAACGAACCAACACACCUCAGCUGAUACUGUAACUAUGGGAGUGCCAGCCUUUUACCGGUGGCUCGCCGACCGUUACCCGCUUUCCAUCGCCGACGUAGUCGAGGAUGAACCCACUGUUGGCGACGACGGCGUUCCGUCGCCUAUCGACGCGUCUAAACCUAAUCCCAAUGGAAUGGAAUUCGACAACUUGUACUUGGACAUGAACGGCAUUAUCCACCCUUGUUUUCACCCCGAUGGCAGGCCGGCACCUGCUACCUAUGAUGACGUGUUUAAAUCCGUAUUUGAUUACAUUGACCAUCUCUAUUCGUUGGUUCGUCCAAGGAAGCUUCUCUACCUUGCAAUUGAUGGUGUUGCACCACGAGCCAAAAUGAAUCAGCAACGAUCUCGGCGUUUCCGAGCUGCUAAAGAUGCAGCUGAGGCUGAAGCUGAAGAGGAAAGGCUGAGGAAAGAAUUUGAGGGUGAGGCAAACAUUUUGUCUUCUAAAGAGAAGCGUGAGACUUCAGACUCUAAUGUCAUUACCCCUGGAACUCAAUUUAUGGCAGCCUUGUCAGUGGCUCUCCAGUAUUAUGUACAGACUAGAUUGAAUCACAAUCCUAGCUGGCAGAAUACAAAGGUUAUAUUGUCUGAUUCAAACUCGCCCGGUGAAGGAGAACAUAAAAUAAUGGAAUACAUCCGGUUACAACGCAACCUUCUUGGUUUCAAUCCAAAUACUCGACAUUGUUUGUAUGGAUUGGAUGCUGAUUUGAUUAUGCUCUCCUUAGCUACACAUGAGGUUCACUUCUCAAUAUUGAGGGAGGUAGUUACUUUACCUGGUCAACAGGAUAAGUGUUUUUUGUGUGGCCAAGUUGGCCAUUUUGCAGCUGAUUGUCAAGUUGAGGACUUUGAUACUCCUGAUGAUAGUCCAAUUCAUAAGAAGAAAUAUCAGUUUCUUAACAUCUGGGUGCUGCGUGAAUAUUUGCAAUUUGAAUUGGAGAUACCCAAACCUCCAUUUGAGAUUGACUUUGAACGAGUUGUGGAUGAUUUUGUAUUUCUAUGCUUCUUUGUUGGCAAUGAUUUCCUCCCACAUAUGCCAACAUUGGAGAUCAGGGAGGGGGCUAUAAAUUUAUUGAUGCAUAUAUACAGAAAUGAAUUUUCUGUCAUAGGUGGUUAUCUUACUGAUGCAGGCAAGGUUUUCUUAGAUAGAGUGGAACGAUUUAUCCAGUUUAUUGCUAUUCAUGAAGAUCAAAUCUUUCAGAAACGAGUCUGCAUUCAGCUGGCUGCAGAAAAUAAUGAAGAGAUUAGAGCAAGGGCAAGAGGAGAAAUGCCUCGACAACCCCGAGCCUCGCUUGUGGAUAAGGUUAAAUUAGGAGAUCCUGGAUACAAGGAAAGAUAUUAUGCUGAAAAGUUUGGUGUAUCAAAUCUUGAGGAGAUUGAUAAAAUUAGGAAAGAUACCGUCUUGAAAUAUGUGGAAGGCCUUUGUUGGAUUUGUCACUAUUAUUAUCAGGGUGUCAGCUCAUGGAAGUGGUACUACCCAUAUCAUUAUGCACCCUUUGCUUCUGAUUUUAAAGAUCUAGCUGAUCAGGAAAUAACUUUCUUACCGGGAGAACCAUUUAAACCAUUUGAUCAGCUCAUGGGCACCCUACCUGCUUCAAGUUCAAGUGCACUGCCUAAGAAAUAUAGAGAUUUGAUGACUGAUCCUUCGUCACCUAUUUUUCACUUUUACCCUGCUGAUUUUGAGAUUGAUAUGAAUGGAAAACGAUUUGCAUGGCAGGGUGUUGCGAAGCUACCAUUUAUUGAUGAGAAGAAAUUGCUUGCUGCCACAAGAAAGAUUGAAGACACAUUAACGGAGGAAGAACAGUUUCGGAACAGUGUGAUGCUUGAUUUGCUAUAUGUCAAUCGUGCACAUGAUUUGGCUUCACAUAUCUUAUCUUAUUAUCAUGUUUCUAGUCAUUUAGCCCCACACGAAAGAUGUGUCAGGCCAAUUGACACAAAUGCUAGUGGUGGGAUGAAUGGAUAUUUUUGGUUAUGUGAAAGAAAUGUUUUCAGCUCUGUUGUAUCUUCUCCCAUCAGAGGAUUGCAAGAUGUUGAAUAUAACCAAGUCUUAAAUAUUACAUUUCUUAACCCUCGUAAACACAAUCAUAUCCCGAAACUUCCAGAUGGUGUAGUAAUACCCAACAAGGUAUUAAAAGCCACUGAUAUUAAACCUUUUCCUGUGCUGUGGCAUGAGGAGAAUAUUGGUCAGCGACUGCAAGCAAGAGAAAGGCCACGAGUAUCUGGAGCCAUCGCUGGAUAUCAACUGGGAGAAGCAGCUCAUCGACUUGUUAAGAACACUCUCAACAUUAAAUCAAAUGACACAUCACAUGGAAUGCUGGAGCAACCUCCACUCCAUAAAACGAACAGGCUUCGAUCAGCUGGAUAUGGAAAAUAUUAUGGUGAGAACGCAAGUGGUUAUAAUGGACAAUAUAAUCACCAUGGCAUGAUGACUACACCAAAAUAUGGUGGACAUAGUGACGGACAGCAUUUUAAGAUACGCGAUAGGUUACAGCGUGAAGAACAGUUCCACAAUGUGAAAACUGAGUUUUCUGCUCUAUCGAUGGGGGAAAGAGAGAGACCCAGGUCAUUAAGGCUUCCAAGUUCCAGACCAAUAGCCAAUUUACAACCCCGGUUUGUGCAGAACAUGGAUCCUUCAAUACCAUCUACAAAAUGGAUGACUAAACCACAACCUACGAAUGGCAUGCCUAAUAGGAAUCAAGAAGCUGCAUUGGGGCCAACAACUUAUGAUAAGCAGACCAAGAAGGUUUACCAAGUUAAAAUACGUCAGCUAGAUACACCAGAACCUGCGAAGCAAUAGUGGUUGUCGUGGAAUUGGUGGCCAGUUGUUAA